AUGGAAGCCAGAUUGCUCUGCUGGACCACUUGCUCUCUUCCGGCCACGCGGUGCCUGCCAGUGCUGCCCUGCCCUAGCCGGUGCCUGGGCUUGAAGGCGCCUCCGCGGCAUGUGGUCUUGACGCUGGAUCACAUUCCUCAGGUGCCGCGGCAAACCGCAGUCCUAGACUUGAGGUUUAACAGAAUAAGAGAAAUUCCUGGGAGUAUCCGCAAGAAACUCAAGAAUUUGAACACUCUUCUCCUGAAUGACAACUGAAUCAGAAAGAUUUCCAGAAAUGUUUUUGAAAAUUUGCUAUAUCUAUACCUGUACAAGGAUGAAAUUCAUGCCCUAAAUAAGCAAAUAUUUAAAGGAGUCAUAUCUCUGGAACAGCUUCACAUUCACUUCAACCAGAUAAAAACGCUACAGCCAGAAACUUUUAGAGACCUUCUGAAAUUAGAGUUAUUAUUUUUGCCUAACAACAGAUUAUCUAAAAUCUUAGCUGGGAGCUUUUCUCAUCUGGAUUCAUUAAAGAGACUUACGCACAGAUAUAAGUUACAGUUAUCAGGUAACAGUCUAAUGUCCUUCUGUCCAAUGCUGGUUGAAGAGCACAUUGCGGAAAAAUCAGAAAAGUAUAUCUCUCAUCUGUUCUUCAUGCCACUUUGUUGUUGUUGCCUUUCUGAGGUUGUAUGCCCAGAUCCAGUUCUCCCAGUGUUUACUCAACUAUCUCAUGAUACAAGUGUAAAAGUUGGAAGUAAUAUAAACAUUUCAUGUCAUGCUAAUGGAGAACCACAGCCCAUAAUUACUUGGAAUAAAGCAGGUGCUCAGAUUACUGAUAGUGGUAAAUUCCAUGUCAGUGGUGGAAGCAUGCUAACCAUCAUUGAUGCAGGGCAAGCUGACCAAGAAGAUAUGACUGUGUGGCUCCGCUUGGAAUUUGUUUGGCCUGUGGCCAAAGUGUUUCUCACAGUCACAGCAAUACAGAGUAGACAAGUUGGAGAUGAUGUUGAGUUAUCUAUUCUUGAUACUGUACAGAGGGUUGACAGUACAGUUAACUCCACAUGAAGACAUUUAUUUUCACAAAAACCUCACACUCCUAGUGAUCGGCUGGCUCAGUGUUAUCCUCAUGAUCCAUUUACUGUAUAAACAGCAAAAGUGAGAGAGAUUUUUGAGCCCACACUUCCACUGAUCCAGGAACACAUGAAGUAGGGGCUCACUGCUGAUUUGGAGGGCAGAGGACACUUCUCUUCAUUGUUCUGGCUGCUCUGCUUUCGGAAUUCUACUGCAAUGACUUGGUGUUCCCACACUACCGCAGCCUCAUUGCCAGUUUAUCUGGAUGCAAAGUCCACAAGUAUGUGCCAAACUGCUCUGACAUGUGUUUCCAUCUGGGUCCGGUUUUUAGACCACGAUUUACAUCACAUGGUGCCUGUAUUAAGCAUGUCUCACUUCUCUACUGGGCAGCCAUACAGCUUUGUGUGCACUAAUGACCCUUCAUGCUUCCCCAUUGUCAUUCCUCACACUGACUGACACUCAGGGAUCCAUGCAGCAUACACGUUCUUUGCUUGCUCCAGCCCUGUGCAUGAUAUCAGCACGACCUCCUUGGUGAUGAACUCGGUGUACACUUGGGAAUGGAUUAACCAGCUCACAGUAUUCAUUGAUGCCUCUAAUAUUUAUGGGCGCUCAGUGAAGGAAUCCCAUGUUCUCAGAGACCACUCAGAGCCCUGGGGACUCCUAAGGGUAGGCUUACCUUGGGCUUCUUUAGGAAAGUAUUUCCUGCCCUUUUCUACAGGCCCACCCACUGAGUACAAGCAAGAUAGUAACAGUCUCUGUUUCCUGUCUGGCGACCACAGGGCCAAUGAACAGCUGGCUCUCACAGUCAUGCAUAGGCUAUGGUUCUGGGAACACACCAGGGAUGCUGCAGAGCUGUCUGUCCAUAAAGGGAAUGCAGACACUCUUUAUCAUGAAGCCAGGAAGAUUGUGGGUGCUGAGCUGCAGCACAUCACCUAUAGCCACUGGCUGCCCAAGAUCCUGGUGGUACCUGGCAAGAAGAUGCUGAAGGAUUACCAGGCAAUCAACAGCUUUAACUGUGACAUUGUAUAUAGAGACUUGAUAGAUAAAGGAGGUAACUACAGGAGUCUGGAAGAAGCAGCUUUAUGUCUACAUGUAUCUAGGCCUCUUAGGUCUCAUUCAUCAGUGAGUCAUGUGGAGAUACAGACAGCUUUACACUUUGGUGAAGAAGGUCUCUGGGGACAGAGGGUCUUCCCAUGUCCCUGUGUCACACAGAGAGCACUCAUCGUGGAACACUCACGCAACGCCUGCAGCAACGCUGUCAAUGGGAGUCUACUUUGGCAUGUGAUAUCUACCUGUCUUUAUGGUAGUCCAGGCAACAAUGACUUCUGGCCCGCCCUCAUGAUUGAAUACCUGAUCCCUGGUACGAGAGUGGGAUCAACACUUAAGUGCUUAUUUGUUACCCAUUUUUAGUGGGUAAGAGAUGGAGAUCAGCUUCUGCUAUGAAACCAAAGAGUAUUUACCCUGGCACAACUCACUCAACUGAAACAGAGGUCACUGGGUCAUGUGCUCUGUGACAAUGCUGACAACAUUUAGCAAAUCCAGGCUGAUGUCUUCAUGAAGGCAGAAUAUCCACAGGAUUACAUAAACUGCAGAGAAAACCAAAGGUUAUUUAUGGUGUGUCAAGACUGCUGUGAAGACUAUAAGAGUAGAGGGCAGUUUAGAGCAUUCACACAAGAAUCUCAAAAGAAACUCUCUGGUCAGUACAGCUAUCUUGAAGAGAAAAGUAUAGACUUCAGUGAUGUAACUAUUAGGCAACAAGAUAAUUUGUACAUGGAUAAAGAUGGUAGAAAUGCGACACUCCUCACAAAAAGAAAAUUUACUCAGGAUUUCAGCAAUUCUUCAGUAGAAAUUCAAAAAAUCAAAGCUCUCAGAGAAAAAAUAAACAAGCUGGAGGCAUGCCUUGGGCAGGCAGAAUGUACAGAUGAUAAAGGGAUUCAAAGGAAGGACAAUGAACACUGGAUGAAAGAAGACUACAUUAACUGUACCUGUAAGUAUGCAGAGCAUGGCAGCCGAAGAGAAGGCAGUGACCUAGAUUUCAUGGCAGCCUCACUGGGCCGGGAGGACAAAGACUAG